GUUCGAGAUUCUCUGCACUCCACCGCCAUUGGCGAAGGUCCACUGGUUUUCUGUAUCAUUACGAUGUUUGGCCUGUCUGACAUCCAGAACAUCGACACACACGGUAAGAUGAGUAGGGCUCUCUUUUAAGUGGAAGAUGUGGAUAUGUAACGAGGUGAAAAUGUUGUUGCACAUGUUUUAAAGGAAAUUGUAGCGCUUCUUUCGGAUCAUUAAAAUGAUUUUAAUAACCUUAACGACAGGAACAGUAUUGUAUUUUGUCGCACUAGAUUUAACUCGUUCAAAACAUUGACGCUUCAAAGUUUGGCGUCUGAGAAAGUACAUAAUCACGGAUUCAUGUGACUCAGCCAGUGUCACUUUGUUGCGUGAAUUAAAGGCAGAUUCGAACUUAACGACCUUAAGUUGCACCGGUAUAAGAUGAAGUUUUCGUGUUCUGUCUUAACUUUCUUAUCAAGUGAAUCUAAUACGACCUCGACCGACUACGCCAUUCGAUUUUCACAAAUUAUUAUAACUACAUUAAAUUUCAAGAAUACAAAACUGAAUGCUCAUGCAUCACAGCUUGGACUGACAAGUCUCCCCUCUCUCGAUUGGGAAAUGUUAACGCUUUAACAUGUACCCCCUACGGUUGA